AUGGAUCAAUCUCCCGAUGUUUUUGCACUCGUGCUCUUGGAGGAGAAUGAAGAGCAGGAGGAUAUUCCACCUAUGUUGAAGCCUUUGCUCGAGGAAUUUCAAGAUGUGGAGUUUGUUCUCUAUUCGGAUCAUGAGGCCUUGAAGUACAUCAAUGGCCAACACAAGCUCAGUAAUCGCCAUGCCAAGUUGGGGGAGUUUUUUCAAGCUUAUACGUUCAUGAUCAAGCACAAGAGCGGCACUCAAAACCAAGUCACCAAUGCUUUGAGCAGAAGAUGUGGAUUGCUUUCUUUGAUGCAAGUGAAGGUGCUAAGAUUUGAAGCCAUAAAGGAGCUUUAUAAGGAAGAUCUCAAUUUUUCCAAGGUUUGGAGUAAAUGCUCUAAAGGUGCUUGGAAAGAUUUCCUCUUACAAGAUGGUUAUCUUUUCAAGAACAAUCGAUUGUGCAUUCCUCGAUGUUCUUUACGGGAGGCAAUCAUUAAAGAAGCCCACGGUGGUGGACUUGGAGGUCAUUUGGGGUGA